AUGGACUGCCUCGCCAGCCUCGUUCCCCUUCGAAUUAGGCAAUGUAUAUUGUCAUCAGGCGGCAGCCAAAAGAAGGAGGUGAGCAACGUGUUUGCUGUAUGUUUUGUAUACUGUACUAAAUCUAGCCAGGUCAUAUGCUUCGCAGACGUGGAAAGGGGUGCUGAUGACCUGGUAGUCAAAUUCUGCCGCAACCGAUUCUCCGACCAAGCUACGGCUGCAGUAGUCAAGGCUGGAUGGAGCUGUAGUGAAUUGGAUCAAAUAGCAACAUCCCUUCACGAAGGAAGAUUCGACGAGCGGAAGUUAGAUCGACUUCGACAGGAAGCAAGAAACAACCGGUGCCGCAUAUCCUACCGUAAUCUCUCCGAUCCCCGGAGUGUAUUUGAGUGA